CCGUGCACGCGGCACCGUGUUCCGUGUAUCUACGCUUGGGAUUUGGAGGAUCGGUCGACGCCACGGAACUACGGCCACUACGGGGGACGACAGUCAGUCGUUUCGAGGCUGCCGAGUUGACCGGGUGUCGUUCAGCGACCAGAGCCGCGCCGAUCAUACUCUCUCCGUCUUUCCCAGUAGCCUGUGCACCUCGUUUUACUCAGACCUCGUCCACCCCACGACAUUUUCGCGAAUAAAUACACCGUACGCCGCCAAGGACCAUGACCAAGGCUAUCAGGACAGCGAUAACGUGCCUUUUUCUGGUGACAGCGAUCCAAGCUGUCAUGUGCAACAAUUCCACGGACCCGAAGAGUUUCUUUCCCAGCAUCGAUGGGAAUCUGACGCGGAUCGCGUGGGCUCACGCCGUCAACAGCCAAGAGAAACUCGCUAUCGCGCUAAAAAAUGACGCCAUCAUGAUGUUGGAGGCUGACGUUUCGUUGGGUAAUGACACCACCAACACCACCAACAUGAACGUCCCGAUAAUGGCGCAUCCGCCCAACACGACGAGCGAUCUGACGCUUCAAAAUUUCCUGAAGACGGUCAUAGAUAGCAACACCACCAAGGGUAUCAAGCUGGACUUCAAGAGCAUCGAGGCCUUCAACGCUAGCAAGCCUGUGUUGGAAAACAAAAUGAACGAACUCGCGUUCCCCGUAUUCCUCAACGCGGACAUACUUCCUGGACCGGUGAACGCGACUGCCCUACCGGUGGACGCAAAGGCUUUCCUGUCCGGAGCCAAAGCAUUCACGAAUUACACAUUGUCCGUCGGCUGGACCACCAGGUACGACGCCGCGCAGAACGGCACCAAGAAUGGGUACACGACGAAGCAGAUCCAGGCGAUGAUCGACGUUCUGAAGGAGCAAAACGUGACCCAGCCGAUAACUUAUCCCGUAAGGGCUGCACUGGCCGUGAACGACGUCGCAGCGAUGGAGUCGUUGAUCAAGAAGAGCCCCGGCUCGAGCAACGCGACUCUGACCGUCUGGUCGAACGAGAAAGACGUGGUCGACGCCGACCAAUUGUCCACGUUGAUCAAACAGAUCGGAGUGAGCAAGGUGUACGUCGACGUGCCGGCGGAUCUAGCGAAGAAACUCAAUCUAUCGGGGGCGUCGAGCGUCGGUGUCGCCGCCACGACGACCGUGGCGUCCCUGUUGAUCGGCAUGUUCCUCCCGACGAUCGUGCGCAGACUUUGAAUCGAUUGAUUGCGCGUCGCGUGAACCGAGGAGAUUUCAACGACGGAGGCUCGCGUUUUUAUCCGUCUUGUAGAAAUGUCUCUCGUCGAAGGGAACGAACGUCGUCGAGGAGGUGGAAUCGAAUCGGGAUCGAGAAUCGUCGCGAUUUAAAUUGCAAGUAUCGCGCGACGAGCAACGAUCGCAUCUUCGUUGCGGUUUUAACAUUUUGAAUGGCAUAACGUUAUUCGCUACCAUAUUUUUUAAUCGUUUUAAGAGAGUUUUCUUUCGGUACCAUAGAGGGAAUAAUUCUUAUAGUAUAAACAUUCUAUUUUCACCGUUACCAGAGACAGUAAUUCUUCUGUUUACCUCGUCGACGAGCAUUGUAGAUUUUUAUGGAAAUCGAUUCGAUUCAAGAUGGGUAUAAUAUAGGUUAAAUAGGAAUAGAGUAAGAUAUAUGUAUGUAUAUGUAUAUUACACUAGAAGAAAGAAACGUUUCCAGUAGCUCCGAUAAGCGACACUUGAACGCAUUCGAACCCGUUGUAACGCCGAGUGAAAACAUGGCGGGAAGAAUCGUGACGUAUCCUGUGUAGUAUUUUACCACAACCAUUCAUUAAAACAGCGCAUCGCCGGUCUCGAAAAAUAUCGCAAAUUUCUCGAUGUUCGCGCAUAUCAAAUUUUUUCGCAAUCGUUCUAGUUUAACAAGACGCAAACAUUUUUUUCUACAAACGUCGCGUCGAACGCGAAACUCCACGAUAGUAUGUUACGCAUCGUACCACUUUAGUGUUCACCGACGUAUCUCCUGUACCUGCCUUCGACGUAUCUCAGACAUAGGUGCUGAAUAAAAACUGUAAUAAUCUCUACGAGUAAGCUGUGUAACGCGUGUAUUUGCAAGCAAAAGGAUUUGCGUGCGUGUAAUACGGUGCCGGUGCGCCGCGUUUGAUAACGAACAAAUAAAAUCAUGUGCAAAAAGUUUACGAAACUUGUUUCCGUGCCGUUCGUUCUUCCGCCGUUUCCUUCGUUCACGGGUGCACGUAUAGCGUAUCGAAUUAAUAAUAUCGCACUAUAUUUUUCGUUAUACCAAACUUAUCCAACGGCAUUUUGUUAAAACACUUACUGUAAUUAGUAAAAAUAUAAAUUUUAUUUAUUUAAUGUACACAGUUAUUUCCAUAACACGAACCGAAUAACACCUAAAACAAGUGUUUGCAAUAUAUCGAGAAGCGAUUGUUCGAAUAUCUUGGGUACAAACGUCUCGAAAUCGUAGUGUUGUAAUAUUAAUUCGAAUCGCUGUGGAUCGAUGAAAAAUCGUCCAAAUUCUUGGACACGGUAGGACAAUCUAUUAGACCUUUUCCAUUCGUGACGUGACUCGGUUCGACUCGAACGCGACGGAAGUCGGAAAGAGGAUUUAAAAGCUGGGUGGGUUUCGUUCGCUCCUAAUCCCGCGAAUUAAUGGUUGCUCAGGCGGGCCGCGUGUCGUAGAAUAGAAAACGAACGUUGAAUUUGUAACGCUCGUACGAUUUUAUUGAAAGGCUCCGACCAGGAGUACCAAAUCUCCGAUUAGGACGGUCGGGUAACCUAUCGAUUAAUACCGAAAAAUAUCACGUCGAUUCUCGUUUCGCUUGCUCGAUAAUCCUACUAAAUUUAGUCGAUCCUCGAUCGAA